UUUACAAUUAUACAAAUGAAAAAUAUAAUGUGGAGGCCGGUGUUAUUUGACCGAUCCUAAGCUGGUCAGCGUGCGGUCAAGUUGACCACCAACUGAUCGAUGUUUGUUUCCUUAUGGUUUGCAAAUUACAAAUUCCCACGUAUAGCCCUGUGCGAAACGCGGGAGCCCAAUGGAGGUUCAAGGGCAAUUUCGUCAUUUGGAAAACUCCACCCUUAGACGGUUGGUAAAUACCGUUAUGCAGCGCAAAGCUCUGAGAAUUUUGCGGCUUAAAAAGGAAGAAGUGGGAUUGUACAGGACCAAUGCCUAAUCCCAUCUCUCAUUUUUGGGCUGUUUCCGUUUGCAUACGUAUUCCAAACAGCUUCAAACUAGGGCAAAAUUCUCUUUCCAAACCAAACUAACAGACCCAUUAUUUCCAUCUCCAUUUUUCUUUUAUUUUUUUAUUUUUUUAUUUUUUAUUUUUUGAACUUUUAUCUCAGAGGUCUUCUUUGCCAUAACGCCAUCAACAAGGUAGAAGCUUUAAAAGAUUAACCAAGCAAAAAAAAAAAAAAAAUAGGAGGAAUGGCUAACAUCCGUGUAAAGGAAUAUGAAAGGUCAUCAAGUUCAUCAUCUCCAAGGGCAGAAGUUGGAGAGAUUGACACCAGAGCACCUUUCCAAUCUGUCAAAGCUGCUGUUAGUUUAUUUGGAGAAGUAGCUGUUAGUAGAGGCAAACCCACCGUCAAAAAAUCUAAACUUUCUUCUGAGAAUGUACUGGACAAGGAGACGCAGUUUAUCUUGGUCCAGAAGGAAAUAAACAAGCUUAAACAAAAACUAGAGAGUGCUGAAACAACAAAAUCCAAAGCACUCACUGAGCUUGAAAAGGCAAAGAGAACAUUGCAAGAUUUAACAACCAAGCUUGAAAACGUAAGCCAAUCCAAACAAUCAGCAAUUGCAGAUGCAGAAGCUGUCAAAAACCGAGCCAAGAAACUCGAAGUCCAGAAAUCCCAAAAGGCCAUUGGAUUUGAAGCUUGGAAAAUGGAACUUGAACAUGCAAGGAAAGAAUACACCUCCACUGUUUUCCAACUUGAUGCAUCAAAGCAAGAGCUCACCAAAAUCCGCCAGGAUUUCGAUGCAGCUUUGGAAGCCAAACUCGCCGCUUUCCAACAGGCUGCAGAAGCUCAGCGUUCGGCGAAAAUGCAUUCAGAGAAAGCUUCCGAGCUUUCGAAGCAAAUUGCUGCAAUGCAAGCUUCUAUCGAGCAGUUAAAGCUCGCUGCUCUUCAAUCCCAACAAGAGCAUGCCAAAAUUGUGGAAGAGAAGGAAGCCAAACUAGAAACUUACAGAACAAGCAAGCAAGAAGCAGAGAACAAGUUGCAGUCUUUGAAGAAAGAAAUUGAACCUGAACAAACAAGGAACAUAGAGGCAGAGCUCGAAAGAGCAACUGUGGAGAUCGAAGUUGCACAAGAAGAGAUGAAGAAAGCUCAUGCUUCGGAAAUGGAUAAAGUGAGAAUUGUUACUGCAGAGCUCAACGAAGCAACGAAGACAUUGGAAGAAGUUGCUUACGAGGAAGGCACUCUUCGAAGCCUAGUGAGUUCUCUUAACGAGGAACUAGAGGUUGCGAAGAAAGAGCAGGCUGAAUUGAAGAAGAAGGAAAUGGAGGUUGAGUCCAUGGCUGCAAAACUGAGUGCCGAGUUAGAGAAUGUCAAGGCUGAGGCAGAGCUUAAAGCUAAUGAUGUUGCUGAUAAGGAAAAGGAAAUAUCAAAUGAACACAAUUUAAAACACCAGCGGCUAAUAGAAGAAACCAAAAGUGCGAAAAGGGAAACAGAAGAAAUGAAGAACAAGAUCGAAGAGUUGAAAAGAGAAGCUGAAGAUUACGGGAAAACAGCAAAGGAAACAGAGAAAAAGCGGCAGAUUGCAUUGGAAGAGGCUGUGGCAGCAAAAGAAGCAGAGAAAAGAGCUCUUGAAGAGAUGAAGAUAGUGACUGAAAGAAAAGAAAGUGGUCAAGCUGCAGAUUUGGAGAAAAGCAACAAAAUAAAAGUGUCACUGGAAGAGUUUCAAUCUCUGAGUCAGAAAGUUGCAGAAUCAGAAAAUGUGGCAGGGAAAGCAGAAGCAGAUGCAAUGGUGCAGAUAAAAGCAAUCAAUGAAAGGAAAAACAAAACCGAUAAGAAAUUGGAAGCUAACCUGAAAGCAAUAGAGGAGAUCAAAGAAGCAACAGACUUGGCUGUGAAGAAAGCAGAGAUGGCAGAGAAUGCAAAAACAAUGGUUGAAGGUGAACUUCGAAAAUGGCGUACUCAAGAAGAACAGAUUUCUGAGGUUGAUCCCCAGAUGUCCUAGUAUUUGAAAAAAACCACAAAACCUGCCAGAUUUUUUAUCAGGUUUUGUGCCUUCAAGAGAACAUAUGAGAAAAUGUGUGACUCAAUUGCUUUAAAAAAGUAGUUUUUUUUCUUUUUUUGCCUUGAAUGCCUUUUUCAGGGUCUAAGUUAGCAUGCAACUUCCAUUUGUAGCCAUAACGCAGUGAAAGAUGAAAGAAAAUGCAGAAAAGGAUUUAAUACAAUUAGCAAUGUAGCAGAAAUACCAAACGAGACAUGGGAUUAAGCUUUCUCAUCUAUCCUCUUAUGCAGCCAAAGAAAUAUGAAGAAAGAAAAAAACAAGGGCUUGCCAUUCAAUGUAGAAUUUGUUAAUUUUCCAAUUACCAGAUAGCCGAAGAAAACAAAGACAUAAUCAUUUGCGCGCCACAC